GAAAAAGAUGAAGGCACCUCUAACUAUUAAGACAUCAGAUAUUCAUUUUAAAGCAGAUUUAGACAGAAAAAUAAGAAAGAAGAAGAACUUUGCACAUAAUUAUAAGGAUUUGACUAGUGAACAAACUUCUAAGGUUCAGAAAAUCAUUAAAAUUCAGCAAUAUUUGGAUGAAAACUUAUCUAAAAUAAACAUUCAAGCAAAUAAUUUCAAUAACAAAACUUUGGCUGCUGCGUUUGAUAAAUAAAAACUCUGAAUUCAAUACAUCUAAGAAUUUGAGAUAUACCAGGAACAACUUUAUGAACGGGACGAAGAACUUUACUAUGACUGAGAGAGAUAAACGAGUUCAUCAGUGACCCACCCAAAUAAACUUCAACUUUAACUCUGGAUUGAGAAAACUAGAAAAUAACAUUGGAAACAGAGUUCUACCAAAAUACAUCUUCAGAAUGAUGAGUCCACGAAGAAAUUUAGUGAGACAUAAACGGGUGUUGAGUAACUCUCCCGGGAAUAGUAAAGAAAGCCCAGGGAAAUUUUGUAAUUCUUGAUGCUUAAAGAACAAGUCCCCUACUUCUCUAGAGAAGUGCAUUGAUCGUACUAGAUCUCCUAGUUACUAUCAAGAGAAAUUAAAAGGGUUGAAAAGCCGACACAAAAUUACAGGUUUAAACUUCAAGAAGAAAUUGCAUUCUUUAAUAAUGAAUGAUGAAAGUAAAGCAUCUAUUAAAGCUAGCAAUGAAUUACUACGAAUCCUUAAUAGAGAUAUCAGAUUAAAUAAUUUCACUAAAAUUAAUGAAAAUGGAUUGAAGAAACGUCAGAAGAAAAGUUUAUCAGAAAAUUUUAGAGAUGAAUUGAUAAGAAACUCGAAUUUUUCUAAGCUAAAGAAGGAUGCAUCAUCAAAGAAAUCGCCAAACCGAGAUUUAUUCUUCACUCCUCCAAGCCCCAAUACAAUCGGAAUAAUAGGAACAAAAUUCGAAAACCCUCGCAAACCUCUGAGCCCAAACUCCCUCCACCCAAAAAUAAUCAUCCCUAUCUCCAUUCCAACUCUCACUCCUCUCCCAAUCACAAAGCCUUAAUCCCUUUAAAAUCCUCAAAACCCACUCAAAAUUACUUAAACCCACCUAAAAUUACAAUUC